UCCAUAGACAUUUCUAUCUCUCUCUCUCUCUCUCUAAAUGGGCUGCUGCGGCGACGGCGACGGCGGCGACGACCGGGAGCAUCCACCCCAGACCCCCGAUCCCUCUCCUCCGCCGCCGUCCUCCGACGCCGCCUCCUCCUCCUCCGCCUCCGCCUCCGCCGCCGCCGACGAUUCCACCAUCUCGCCGAUGAACUCCCACUUCUCCGCCCUCGCCUGCCGCGACACCCUCCGGCUCAUCUUCGAGAAGCUCCCCGUCCCGGACCUGGCCCGCGCGAGCUGCGUCUGCCGCAUCUGGAGCUCCGUCGCCUCCGAUCGCGACAUGGUCACCCGAGCCUUCGCGGCCCCCUGGAGGUUGAAGGAGGUGGUCGGCGUCCUGAGCUCGGGCAGCUUCUGGAGGGAUAACGGCGUGGGGAAGUUCGCGAUCUCGCACCGGAUUAAGCGCGGCGAUAGCGUCGCGAGCCUCGCCGUGAAGUACUCCGUUCAGGUCAUGGACAUAAAGCGCUUAAACAACAUGAUGAGUGACCAUGGUAUAUAUUCGAGGGAGAGAUUGUUAAUCCCCAUAAGCAACCCUGACAUUCUUAUCGAUUCCACAUGCUACAUAGAGCGAGAUAACCAUGCAAAGAGGGAAGUCGCCGUGCUCUAUCCAGAAGGCGUGCGAGACAUAGAGAUAAGUUCUUUGUUGAAGAGGACCACCUCUGAACAGGGGAAGAAGAGAAUUCUCAACUCGCUUAGGAGGAGCAUGCAGGUUGAUGAUGGGACUGCUCAGUACUACUUGUCUAUCACCGAUGGUGACCCAAGGGCUGCGCUCUCGAAAUUCUCCGAAGACCUUAGGUGGGAGAGACAGGUGGGAUUGGCCUAAAUGAAACGGUUAGGCAACAUUAUGGCUGCUUUAAUAAGAUGAAACGAAUGGUGAC